AUGAAGUUUGGUCCUGAUCCCGUAAAAAGCCCCACGGGAUCGGGACUGGAACAUCCAGUUUUAUCAAAAGACAUUCAAUUAUAUGUAAUCAGGCCUAAAUUAUAUCAAACUCCUGCAGUUAUUUGGCUAAAAAAGAAAAAAUGUGAUGUUGCAGCAACAGAAGAAGACAAACGGCUUGGUCGUUGGAUACUUUCUUCUUAUGAUGGCGAUUCUAUAAUUGUUUAUCAGGCAUAUAAUCCGACUAUAGCUGAAUAUGCAUGUAAACAUGGAAAAUUUAGUGGAUGUCCUGAAUAUAAUGAACGAAGAAUGACUUGGAUUAAAACAAAUUUUCUAUGGAUGAUGUAUCGGUCAAAUUGGGCUCACUCACCAGGUCAACAACGAAUACUAGCCAUUUGGCUACAUCUCAGACAAUCGUUGGCUUUUGACAAUUAUCUCAGACAAUCGUUAUCAUCAGUGAAAGAAGAAGCUGAACAACAACGUCAGAAUGAAUCAAUAGGAACUGAUGGUCUCAUUCGACUUCAAUGGGAUCCGGAUCAUACGCCCUCAGGCACAUCGGUUGAAGGUAGACGUGCAGUUCAACUAGGACUAAAACAAGUAUCAACUUUUCUUAAUGGUCAAGAUAUUUUAAGAAUUAUUGAUAUCACACAAUUUGUUCAUGAACAACAAAAUGCAAAAUUAGAAGAUUUAAAAGUUCCUAUCGAGAGAAUUUAUGAACCUGAUGAUUUGGAAACAAGAGAACAUGUAAAAUUAGAUUUGAGGGUUUAA